CUCACUAUAUAUAGCUAUACGUAUAUAUCUUUUGUCGUUGCUUUCUUUCCAUAUAUCUAUCUUCGCCAUGGCUCUCAUUCUUCAUGAUGCUACGACUGAUGUUCGAAGGGUUCCGGUUCGUCCUUUAAAGCUGGAAGACGCAAAUGCCAUGAUUAUGCCUCCCACAAAUUUAUACACGCCUGAGGCACCUCAUACCGCAACCAUUCUUUCAGUUAGGCAAAUUUCUCAUCAGAUUUACGAAAUCGUAUUUGAUCAUCGUGGCUUUAUGAUGUACUUGGAGGGACAAGCCUUCGGUGUUAUGGUCCCGCCGAACCCUAAUAAUCCGUUCGAACCAGAGCGUGUUAGCAGGCGUAGGAUUAUCUUUGCUGCUUCGUCUAGGUAUGGAGAAUAUUUUAAUGGCAGAUCAGCUACCAUAUGUGUGUCUAAUAAUAAUGACGAUGAGACCAUCAGAUAUUUAUGCAACGCAAAGUCUGGAUGUCAUCUUCAACUCGUAGGCCCCACCUUGACGGAAACCCUCUUGGGAGAUUCUAGUCCAGCUGCUGCCACUCACAUAUUUGUGGCUAAAUCUGGGGCUGCUAUUGCUCCCUUCAGAGCCCACCUCCAUCGUUUUUUCAGAGAAGAUAUUCCCGAGUUUAAAUUUUCUGGCGAUGCAUGGUUGUUCUAUGGGGCAAGGAACAAUCUCCACUGUCGAUUAUAUGAUGACGAAUUCAUGCAGUACGAGGAGGACAACCCACAAAACUUCCACUAUAACUUUUUCAUCGACAUUUUGGAUCGAGAUGCUGGUGGUCUUGGUAAAAUGGUAUUUGAUAUGUUGGUUGAUAACGAAGCUUACAUAUACCUGGUUGGAUCUCAGGAGAUGGUGGAUCAGGUUGAAGUCGUCUUCAGGGGAUUUGCCGGUUCUACAAAUGGUCAGAAUAAUUGGACAGAAAUAAAAGAUGAACUGGUAAGCAAGUACCAGUGGCGCGUAGAAAUCUAUGAUUAAUUCACACUUAAUUAAUUAUUAUGAACUUGGAAUAAAUAAAUAAAGUGUCUAAUAUAUGUGUACCUUUUCUCUUAAUCAUUACACUAUCAUGAGAUUAUGGGAAAUAAAGAUAUUUGGAUACGUUACGUACCUA